UGUGAACGAUGGAUAAUCAUGGCGUUGAAGCUUCGAGUCCUCUCGCCACAGUCGAAGAUAUUCAAAAACGUUUAACUCGUCCUCCGCCGCUUACCUCUCCACAACCUCCGUCCUCUGCCAUCACAUCUCAUCUGUUCGAAUUACAGCAGCAGAAUUCAUCUAAUGUGGAUACAUCUAAAUUGCAGAAAAGGAGAAAACUAACUGAGAAAUUGAGAGCUAACGUUAAGGUAACGAAUCAGAAGUUAGAAGAUUACUUCGAUCUGGCUCUCCUCUCUUCAAUUCGUGCGAAAAUGAACAACGCUAUGAAGAAAAAAGUUACAAUGUCGAUGAAAGUGAAGAGCGAAUUCGAGGAAUUUGUGGUGUGGCCUGCUGGAGAAGAUGAUUUGGAGGUGUUUUCAGAAAGUAGUAGAAGAACAGAUGAUGAAGCAAUCGUUGAUCUCAAAAACGACGACGACAAUUCGUUCGGGAAUAACGGUGAAGAAAUCCAGGUGGAUUGCGUGGAUCCGUUUCAACAGUUUGAAUCAACAGCGCUCAUUCGGUUCAAGAGAUGAAACAAAAAGGGGUAACUGCGUUAGAGUAGUUUCAAGGUGGCGCCAAAAAGUGGCUCUUUUUCGUAAACAUUAAACAUUAGAAUAGCAAAUGUGAAAAAAUAUUAC